ACAAUCGCAUCAGUCGCCGUCGCGAGUACCGGUAUCGACCGACGUUUUAGCAUCGUGCAUUUCAUAUUUGACAUACGAUACAUGCCGAGAAGCGUUUAUAAGAUUUAUUAUUGAAGAAGUUUAAUUUCAAGUUUAGUGAAAAAUAAUAUUAUUAACCUACUAAUUAUUUGUCGUUUACCGUCAAGGCGAUGAUUAUUGGCAUUGUUGACACAAGACAUUUAGUUGCAUAGUUGUGCGAGAUUCUACACUACCCUGGAUUCGUGAGGGCAUGAGUAAUCUUGUGAGAUGGUGACAUGAUUUAGCAUGCGCUGUGCGACGUGGUGGCAAGUUCUUCUAGCGCUUUCAGCGCAUUCUCUCGCACAGGCCAUCGUGCCUACAAUCUGCGAAGAGAAAUACUGCGAAUGUGAUUCGUUCACCAGAGUCAUAUGCAACUGCGCAGAGAACAAUGAGCAGGAGGUGACUCUUAGGCCAGAUGGAGCCUACAGAGUUCCAUCUACGGCAUCUGCAAUCAUAGUAAAUUCUUGCAACCGAGUUCAGUUCCUCUCAGACACGGCACGCGACUUGAUUCAUCUGCGCACUGUAGAGGUGCGGGGUUGCAACCAUGUAGUCAUCAAUGAACGUGCUUUGGCGUGGUCACCGUUCCCCAGAGAAGCAGAAAUGAAUCCUGGCUUGCGAAUUUCAAUUCACAAUAGUACAGUGAACGAGAUUUCAUCGCACGCAAUCCAAGGACGUGUAGAUGAUAUAAUAAUAACCGGCAGCAGGAUCAACAACUUGAAGCCAUUCGCUUUCUCUAGUCUUAUUGGUGUUAAGAACGUAGAGUUAAUAGACAAUGUAUAUGACACCAUAGAAAUACAGCCGUUUAAGAAGUUCACCACAAUAAACUUUAUAAUGCGAGGUGGUAAUAUAGGUACGCUGCCUAGCAGAUUUCUCUCUAACGUAGAUGUGACUGACUUAUUCCAAAUGGAAUAUGUAACGAUAAAUAAUAUAAAUAGCUUAACAUUUCUUGUCAACUCACCAAAGAGGGUCGUCAUUGAAGGUAAUGUGAUAGGCACGCUGGAAGGCGAUGGAUUUCACAUACUUACAAGAGGACCUAUUACAUUUAGGAAUAAUACAGUGAAAACGGUGGCACGAGGUGCUUUUCUUGGAUUUUCAAGUGAUUGGAAGCUCGUGUCCGUUACGGGACGCCAAGAGCUAUUGAUAGACAACAAUACUUUAGGAGAAUUGGUGCCUUCGGCGCUAAUUUACAACAGUACGACAUUAAGUAUGCGCAUUGACAGUCUCAACUUAAAUGAAACCUGCACAUGUGAUUUAGCGGAGGGGUGGCGAGAAAUACUGAAUGUACAAAGUGGUGCCAUAAUGUGUUGGUAUUACCUAGAAAACCACUAUGUUUCGCUACGAACAUUUGUGGAUAGCAGAUGUGGUGAGUUCAAACAGACAUUUUGGAUCUAUGUAGUUAUAGGUAUAGUUCUUGCGGCGAUAGUGGCCGCUGUGAUUACAGUCAUCAUAGUGAGACGCGAGAAUGAAAAGAAAAAAAAUAAAAUACAGAUAGUGUUGCCCGAUGGUAAAACUUAUAGGGAGACCGAGGUCCAUAUAAUAGUGGAGCGAGCAGAGCUGCUAUCGACUGACUUUUAAUUCUGUGAACAUUCCGGGAGUGAUUUCAGUUGCGUGUAGGUUUUUCUACCUCAGUGUCACUCAGAUAACAUUGUGCCAAUAUAAUUUUAACGUCCUAUCAGUAUUAUAACGAACGUUCGCUUGAAUAUGAGAAAUAUUUUGUUACUUCAUGUUUUGUUACCCAUUGAAUUAAAUUAUUUUUGGAAAUUUCUUUAAUAAAGUAUAAUGUAAGAUA